AGUUUAAUGUAGCUUUUGUGAUUGUGCUUGUUUCAAACACAAACGUUUAAAAAAUAUGCUGAAAUUUACCGCUAUUUCCUUUGUACUCUUGAAUGCCGCUGAAAGCGUUGACCAUCAAAAACCAAUUCGUGCGCUCGAUUCACAACCUCUUCUGAAGUUUACCCGAACACCGAAUGAUUCCAACGUCACAUUUGGUGAAAAGUUUGUGCUCUCUUGUGGAGCGAACGGUGCUCCCCUACCAUCAAUUUACUGGGAGCUCAAUGGAAUGAGAAUUCAAGGAGAGGAGACUUCAAACGUGUACGAGAACAUUUUGAACGAUGGAAAACAAGUCUCAAAUGCAGCAAUGGUGUCCAGCCAUUACAGAAUCCCAUGUGCCACGGCCCGCAACUCUGGGGCUUAUAAGUGUAUCAUAGAUAAUGGGCUUACCAAGUUAGAGCAUGUUGCAAAAGUAUUUGUUGGUGGAAACAAAACCAAUUGUGCUUUGAACGAUAAUGGUGCCCCAUUUAUUUCAAUGACUGUCGACUUUCGUUUGGAAAUAUCUAACAACGCAGUUGCCCUAUCAUGCCGUUCCGAGACAGCUACAGAGUGGUCAUGGCACAAAGGAGAACAACUUUUGACCAAUGAUGGAGAGCGUUACCAGAUGUUCCCCAGUGGUGAUUUGAUUAUUCGCAACAUUUCCUGGUCAGACAUGGGCGAAUACAACUGUACCGCACGCAACCAUUUUGGAGAGACAACAGCUAUCACAUUCCUCUACCCAACUCUAGCUAAAUAAUUCUUUAUUUAAGAAAUAUUUUCCCAGCUUAGUGUUGUCUUUACUUCAAAAGUACUCGUUUUUAAAGUUUUCAUGCAUUGCCAAAUUUUUUAAAAAAUAACUUAUAAUUAACUCCUCUUUGCUUUGGUAUUCAAUUUUUAAAAAAUUUCUUUGGUUGAGAAUAUGAUGGAAUAAAAAAUGAAUCUACCUGUU